AUGGCUACCUUACACGGCUCCUCUAACAACAAUACCGCCGAAUCUAUUACUUCUUCUAAUCAGCCAUUUCUCCACGACACCGGUUCUGUUAAUUACGCACACACUGCAGCUACUAUGAGCGACAUCAACGGCAAGGCUCCAGUCAAUGGCGCUGGCAGCGCUGCUUCUCGUACUGAUGAGCCUGUUAUCAAGGUGCAGCCGCCGCGACGAGAGGACCUUCAGCCCAGCUAUGCUAGGGUUAUCCAGCCAGAUGAUGCGGAUGCUGACACCAAUGGGUGGUACGGUGCUAUGAUCAACUCACUAGGCAGCUGCAUCGGCACCCUUGGAGCCAUCCCAUGCUGCCUCGUAUGCCCCAACCCCUACAAGCCCGUGAGCCAAGGAAACGUAGGUCUCGUGACCAAGUUCGGACGCUUCGCUCGUGCCGUUGACCCAGGUCUCGUCUACGUGAACCCGCUCUCCGAGCAACUCGUUCAAGUCGACAUCAAGAUCCAAAUCGUCGAAGUGCCCAAGCAAGUCUGCAUGACAAAGGACAAUGUCUCCCUACAGUUGACAUCCGUCAUCUACUACCGCAUCACCUCUCCACACAAGGCAGCUUUCAGCAUCAGCAACAUCCGCCAGGCUCUCGUGGAACGCACACAGACGACUCUCCGCCACGUCGUUGGUGCCCGCGUCCUCCAGGAUGUGAUUGAGCGCCGCGAGGAAAUCGCACAGUCGAUCCGCGAGAUCAUCGAGGAAACGGCACUGGGAUGGGGUGUAGAAGUCGAAUCCAUGCUCGUAAAGGACAUCAUCUUUUCCCAGGAUCUCCAAGACUCACUUUCCAUGGCCGCUCAGAGCAAGCGCACUGGUGAGGCUAAAGUCAUCGCUGCUCGCGCUGAAGUCGAGGCUGCGAAACUUAUGCGGUAA